CAUUUGCAUUGCUGCAUUGUAUGUGGAGCCCUCAUCCAGGACAGAACAUCAAAAAAACAAUGAUACAACCUUUGUGUGUAUCAUUGUUUUCCAUGUUCUGAAGCAAGGAGAAAACACAACAACAUAACCUUCCUUUCUUCCUAGUCUCUCGGUUUCUCAAUUGUCUUGUUUUUCUCAGUCCCUUUCUCUGAUCUCAUAGGAAAGGAUAGAUAUAUGAUGUUUGUCUGAGGAGAUCAGAGGGAAAUUAAAGGGUUUCUGAGGUUUUCUUGUUUGCAGAAGAAGAAUAAGACAGACAACAACGAAAGAGAGACCAGAGAAGAAGGGCAAAAAGGUUUUUUAAAUUUGCAGAUAUGUUGCAGAGGGCAUCUGCAACCAAUUCCCAUUCAUGGUUGUAUGCAAGCCAUAUCAGGACCAAGCAAUCCAAAUGGCUCGAUCAAAGCCUUCAAGAUAUGGAGGAAAAGGUGCAAAGCAUGUUGAAGAUGAUUGAACAAGAUGGGGACUCAUUUGCCAAAAGAGCAGAAAUGUAUUACAAGAGAAGGCCAGAGCUGAUAAACUCUGUUGAAGAAGCCUACAGAGCUUUCAGAGCUUUGGCUGAGAGGUAUGACAACCUCUCCAAUCAACUCCACACUGCAAACCACACAAUUGCCACAGUUUUCCCUGAGCAGAUUCAGAUGGCCAUGGAAGACGACGACGAUUUCUGUUCCCCGAGAUUUCCCAAGAAUCUGCAGCUCCCAAUUGAACCCAUCAGCCCAAAGCCCCUAAAGGGUGCCAAAAAGGACCUCAAACCCAUCAUCACAAUACCCUCUAAGCCAUUCCAGUUCAAGAAUAAACUGUCAAAUGGUGAAGAAAGUUCUGUUAUUAGUACUCCCCCUUCUGCUAAAGCUGGGAUGAGCAAACAGGAAGCCAUUGAAGAGAUUGACAGGCUCGAGAAGGAAAUAUGCGGGCUGCAGACCGUGAAGGAGCUCGUGAGGAGCUCGUAUGAAGCCGGGAUUUCGAAAUUUCAGGAGAUUGAUAACAAGAUCAUGGAAAUGCAGCAGAGUGUGUGCAGGCUGCAGGUUGAAUUUGGUGUGGGCAUCGAGGAGGACGAUAAGCCCCGGGGGGAUCUGAUACCUGAAUCAGCACUCGAAUCAUGCCAACAAAGCCUGGCAGAGCUGCAGGAUGAAUUUGGUGUGAGCAUCGAGGAGGCCCGGGAUCUGAUACCCGAAACAGCAGUCAAAUCAUGCCAAGAAAGCCUAGCAGAGCUGCAGGAGAAGCAAGAAAAAUGUGCUCAACAGGCAAGAGAUGAAUCCCAGAAGAUUGCAGAUGCAGACCGGAAACUUAAAUCUAUUAAAUCCGAGUAUCUUAAUGAUCAAACUGGUGAAACUGGUGAAAAGUAUCAGGAAGACGAGUCCCAGAGAGCAAAUCAAGAACCCGGGGAUGCAAAAGAGGGAUUGCAGCAGACAAUUAAGGAAGAACAGAUUGAAGGGAACUCAAAGGGAAACUUCACUGUUACUGAUCUGACAAUCAAGAUUGAUGAGCUUAUGAACAAAGUAGUCACCCUGGAAAUCAAAGUCACUUCCCAAACAGCUCUCCUUGACACAUUAAGAACAGAAUCCAACGAUCUCCAUGCCCGAAUCCAGAGCCUGGAGGACGACAGAGCAAGCCUAAACGAAGAUAAACACAAUCUGAGCAACACAGUGGAAAAACUCGAGGAGGAGUUGAAGAAACUGAAGAAUCUAAACCAAGUAGUUCAAAACGAAAACAUCACCCUCCAAUCGCAGCUCGCAGAAGCCCUUUCCAGGGCUGAUAAUUUGUCUGAGAAUCUGAAAACUGCAAAACCAGACAACAAGAUUGAGUCCAAGGAAUCGAAAGAAGACAUGGAAAAUAAAACAGGAGAGCAAGAAGCUACUAAAACCCAAAAAGAAGGGGAAGCCACAAAACCAGAAGUGAAAAAGGUCACAUUUGCAGAACCAAGAAUACUAGAAUCCCCAACCAAACAACAAAAGAACAACGGGAAAAACUCGCCUCGACUUGCAGAACUACUGCAGAAGGACGAGAAGUUCAACUGGCAAAAAAUGCUCUUGAACGGAGUAGAGGACAAAGAAAAAGUGCUACUGAAAGAGUACACGACGAUCCUCAGAAGCUACAAGGAUGUCAAGAAGCAACUCGAGGAAAUGGAGAAGAAAGACAGGGACAACCAGUUCGAGGUUGCAUUGCAGAUAAGUGAUCUGAAAGCCACCAUUGCAAAGAAAGACCAAGAGAUUCAAACCCUCCACCAAAAAUUAAACCUUUUGCCAGGACUAACCGAGGAAGAGAAGUUAUCCAUUCUCAAUUCCUCUCCAUCCAACCAAAAUCAUGUCUCUGAUAUGAUCUCAAUUGAUAAACCUGCAAACAUUUCGCCUGUGGAAGAGAAUCUCAGGGCGAAAAUCGAUGCUGUCCUGGACGAAAACCUGGAUUUCUGGCUAAGAUUCAGCUCUUCAUAUCACCAGAUACAGAAAUUCAAAACAGCAGUGAAAGAUUUGCAGGAUGAGGUAUUCCAGGCAAUCCAGGGCAAAGCCAAGAAAAGUCAGAAAACUUUGAAAUCAGAAAUCCAGCCUGCAUACAAACACCUGAUAGAAACACACACUGAACUAUCAUCCUGGCUAGAACAAAGCCUGUUUCUGAAAGACGAAUUGGAGCGAAGGACCUGGUCUUUAUACAGAAUCCAGGAAGAUAUCACACAGGCUUUAAGGAAUGGCGUCGAAGAGGACGAGAUCAAAUUCAGCAGCCACCAGGCAGCCAAGUUCCAGGGGGAACUCCUGAACAUGAAACAGGAAAAUGUUAAGGUCAAGGAGGAGCUGCAAGCGGGCGUGGAUCACGUCGUUUCUCUGCAAGGUGAGGUGGAGAAAGUGAUCAAACAUCUUGAUCAGGAAUAUGGGUUCUUGGUGGAUCACCAAGAACUGGUGAGCUCUAAGAGAUUUUCAGAUUUCAAGACCAAAACUCGAGUCCCAUUAAGAGCAUUCAUCUUUGGAGCCAAACUAAAGAAGCAGAGGCGUUCUGUUUUUUCCUGCAUUCAGAGUGAUAAAUAUCAGGUCUUGAGAGAUGGGUCUCAUCCAUAAUCCAUAGAUCUUCUGUUCUUGUUCUUAUUCUUCUUAUUCCUGCUGACAUUUCAAUCUUUCAAAUUUUUUUUUUCUUGAUUUGCAUUGGAGCUGGAGACUGUAACUAUAAUUUCAGGCUGCCAGUAGUGAAAACAUGCGAUUUUUUUUUCAGAAUUGAAUUCAUGGAUUGGGACUGUUAUCGCAUGAACAUUGCUGUUUGGUCGGAAAAAAUCUAGUAAAUGUGUUACAGAUUUCUAUGUAUUCUGUCUGUUAUCAUGAAAGGCCCAUUUUAGG